ACAUGACAGACGAUGACUUGAUGACAGAUUCUGCUGCUGCUACACCCAAUACUUUUACAGAAAAUAAUACACCUAUGCCUAGCAAUGCUGAAGAUGAGACAAUGGAAGAUGUCACAGAAAAUAAAGCCAAUACUUUACAAUAAUAAAAUAUUUUUUUCUUUUCUCUAAUGAAAAUAACAUUUAGUAAUCUUUGCUCUCAUGCUUUCCAUCAAGUGAAAAUAUCACCUGAUGGACAAUAUGUAGCAAAUGCUGUAGCCAAUAGACUUGUUAUUAGAAGAUCAGGGGAAGAACUACCGGCCAUUCACGUGUUUGAGUGUUCAAGGCCUAUCAACUAUAUCCAAUGGUCACCUAAUUCAGAGUGUAUAUUGGCAGUGAACUAUGAAUUCUCGCGAAUUGAAGUCCAUUCCAUCAUGGAUCCCAAAUGGACUGCACAUAUUAGAGAUCCUAGUUUCCCUAUUGCUUUAGCUCAAUGGACAGCUGAUUCCAAGAGUAUAUUGUGUACAGCAGAAAUGGGUUCGCGUUUAGCAAUAUGGAGUUUAUCAAAGAAGGAGCAGAGAUAUAUCAACGGUGUAAAGUUUAGAGACAAGUGUAUCGAAACUAGUCCGGAUGGGAAAUAUACUGCUGUAAUCCACAAACGCUCAGGGAAAGACGCCCUGGGCAUUUAUCACAGUGCAUCAUUUAUAUCCUUACAACAGUUUGAAGUAAACACGACUGACUUGGAUAACAUGAAGUGGUCUCCUGAUAGCUCAUGUAUUGCUAUCUGGGAUAAUUACUUAUAUCAUACGCUUUCUGUUUAUCGACCUGAUGGUUAUCUAUGUACAACAUAUAAUGGAUAUGAGCAUGGAUUGGGCAUAAAGACAGCCAAUUGGAGUCAAGAUGGGAAACUGCUGGCAAUAGGAAAUUAUGAUCAAACAAUACAUCUGCUAUCAACAAUGUCAUGGGACUUGAUCACCAUAUUAGAACAUCCCUCUACUCUAAAUAAUAGUACUACACACAUACAAUUGUUUGAAGAGACAACUUUUGCUAAACCACAAAUACCUACACUGGAAACAGUGAUUGCAUAUCAAAGCAUUGUAAAAAGACCAUUUAAUUUACCCUCUCUUAGAUUAGACUACAAUCAACCUAAUCCAAAAGUAGGGAUCGGAGUAUGCCAAUUCAGUAAAGACGGAAACUAUCUUGCCAGUAGAAAUGAUAAUAUACCAAAUGCAUUAUGGAUUUGGGAUGUAAAUCGCUUAAUAUGCCGUUAUAUUGUCUUAUUUAGAAACACUAUUAAACAAGUCCUAUGGAAUCCAAGAGAAGAUGGUAUAUUGGCAAUUGUUUGCGGCGAUGAAAAUAUACAUUUUAUGAAAUUGACUACCGAAGGAGGAAUAGAGUUUAUACCAUCCACAGUACCAACAAGUGAUUUCUUUAUCAGAAAGGCAAGAUGGCAUUCAAAUGGAAAGAAUUUAUUACUUUUAGAUCAACAAUUGUAUUGUUUAGCAGAGAUGACUUAGAAUUCGUCAAACAAGUGCUCUUCAGGUAAGAAUGUGGAUCUAAAGUGCCAUGUUCCUUCCUUUUGUCCAAAUCCGGAACCUGUGG